AUAGGGGCCCAGGACUUGUUGCAACGGCCCUGGGGACAAUGGUAUUUGAAAGUUAUUUUUAGUAUACUAUAUUAAUGUGUUUAAGCGUCGUCCUGUCUGAGUUGAAUUGGGUCUCAUCUGGUAGUCAAAGUUGACCGAAUGUAUUUUGUUUACUUUGAAUCUGAACUAAAUCCUUUGAGCAUCAACCUCGGUUAUCAAACAGACGCUCCCUUCUUCUACAUCAGAAAACUAACUGUCGGAGAAACUAGGGUAAACCAUGGAUGCAUAUAAGCAAACUGUUGGAUAUUAAAAAAGAAUGCGGGUAAACCAUGCAGGAAGUAAACAGUGCUGGAUGUGAUUUUUUGGUAAACAAUGAACAUAUAAUAAAUAUAACUUGUAUAUUACAAUCUAUGGGUUAACCAUGACAGAAGUAAACAGUUGGAUAUGACAAUUAUAAUUAAAUCACGCAAAUUAUAAUAAGUAGGCUAAACCGUUCUUUAUCAUACCACGCCCAGCGCGUCAUAUGACAGACGUCAGUGGUCAUGGCUGAAUUUCAGCCGCGCAGACGUCUGCACGAUGAGCCCAACUUGUCGAAUAAAGCCCAAACCGCUGUCAAAUCGGUCCCCGCUGACAACGCAGACGUCCUCCUCAAGCUGUUGGCUGCCGGGUUCUACGGUAUUAGUUCUUUCCUUAUUGUCGUGGUGAACAAAAGCGUCCUCACAAGUUACAGGUUCCCGUCAUCAACAUGUGUAGGGAUUGGCCAAAUGCUGGCCACUAUCGUAGUUCUCAGGUCUGCAAAGGCGCUAGGUGUCAUCAAAUUCCCAGAUAUGGACUCAACCAUACCAAACAAGAUGUUCCCCAUGCCUAUUCUCUAUGCUGGGAAUCAGAUAUCAGGCCUGUUUGGGACACAGCGAUUAAAUCUGCCCAUGUUUACGGUCUUAAGGAGGUUCGCUAUUCUGCUCACCAUGGUGUUUGAGGGACUUAUACUGAAAAAGACUUACUCCAGAUCAGUCAAGUUGACUGUAUUUACCAUGGUCUUGGGAGCGUUGGUUGCAGCCAGCUCCGAUCUAGCCUUUGAUCUCCAGGGAUACACGUUCAUUAUGCUGAACAAUCUGUUCUCGGCAGCUAGUGGCGUUUACAUGAAGCAGAAGUUGGACUCCAAGGAGCUUGGGAAGUACGGUCUACUUUACUACAAUGCACUGAUCAUGAUUUUCCCUACAUUGGCAUACGCUUUCUUUGCCGGUGACUUGCAUACGGCUAUGGAGUUUGAUGGAUGGUCCGAUGCUAUGUUUGUUCUACAGUUUCUCCUCUCCUGUAUUUUUGGUUUCAUCUUGAUGUACUCCACGGUGCUUUGCACUCAGCUCAACUCCGCCCUCACUACAUCCAUCGUAGGCUGCAUUAAAAACAUCUUUGUCACAUACAUUGGUAUGGCGGUCGGUGGAGACUACAUAUUCACCUGGACCAACUUCAUUGGCCUUCACAUUAGUAUUGCUGGAAGCCUGGUGUACUCUCACAUCAUCUUCACACGGGAGCAAUCAAAAAAUAUCUAGACCAAAGAUGCACAAUGUUCUCCAUGGAAGAAAAAGCACGACUGAAUUGUAAUUCAUAAAUAUAUCAACAUGUUUAAUGUACAGGUAAUGAUAAAUGUGAAGUGAAUAGCAAAUAAGCAUGUCGUUUUUAUAAGCCGUUAGGCCACAGCUUUUAUAUUCAUGAAUAAAUGGCAAGAGAUACAAACCCCUCACUGCGGUUUUUCCUGAUUCGCAGUCCGACUCAACAAAAAUAACAGCACAUGUUGGUCUAAAUACAGAAGUGCGUGAC